AUGGGCUUGUUGCAACAUCAGCUCCUUCACUACCUGUAUGGCCUCUCGCCUGCCGCUACCGGCAAUCGCAAAGAGUCCAUGCCAAUUCUGGCGGUCGGAAUUCCCCGAUCUGGAACUAAAUUCCUCCGCCAGGCUUUACAUACCCUGGGUUUUGACCAUACACACCUGACUUCGAUACGAUCUUACCAUCAUCCAACUUAUCGACUUCUUCAAAAGAAACAUAAAACCAAGCCGGGCGAAGGCAACCUAAAACUUAUUGCGAAGGACUUUCACAUAGUUCUGAGUGACUGCAUGGGCGUAAGUGAUCUGAUCGCGGCCGAGUUUGCGGCCCAGUUGAUUGCAGCAUAUCCAACCGCGAAGGUCAUUCUCAAUGUUUGUCGCGAUCGGGUUCCCUGUUACCAAAGCAUGUAG